AUGGCCAGUGUGUUGAAGAAUACCGCUGCUCUCGAAGCGUGUCAAACAUUAUACCUUAACGAAGAAUUUGCGGAUGUUCGUUUCGUGUUCAACGUCGAUGAUAAAAGUGUAAAGGUUCCGGCAAACAAAGUCAUUUUAUCGGUUCUCAGCCCAGUAUUCAAAGCAAUGUUCUUUGGGUCGUUGAAAGAGGGAAACGAAGUUCCAAUUGAAGAUGCAGAUCCCGACGCAUUCGAAGAGUUUUUGCAAUUAUUCUAUCUGGGUGAGGUGACAUUAACCAUGGAGAAUAUCGAGACCGUUGUUCGUUUGGCCGACAAAUACGAUGUCCUCGAACAUGUCAACGCGUGCGCCGUGUUGCUAAAAAGCCAACUGACAUUGGAUAACAUGUGCUUUGGCUAUCAAUUGGCACUGACUCUCAAAAAUGAAGAACUGAUCAAGUUCUGUGAGGGCAAAAUCACCAAUUUGCCGAAGGAAGUAUUUGCCAGCGAUGCAUUUAAACGCUGUGAUAAAGACACUCUGGAGCGAAUUUUAGAGCUGAAUUUUAUGUGCAAAGAAAUCGAUAUAUUCGAUGCGUGUUUGACGUGGGCCAAGCACGCAUGCGAACAAAACGAUUUGAAUGCAACGCAAUCGGUGAAUUUGAGAUCCAAACUCGGCGAUUUUUUGAAGUUGAUUCGAUUCGGUGCUAUGACAAACGAAGAAUUUGGCAAAAAAUACAUGUUACAUAAGGGACUAUUCACUCUAGAAGAACUUGAAGAUAUAAUGCUUUCAUUAUCAGUGAAGGAAUACGAACCGAAAAUAUUCAACCAAAUCUCAAGACUCCGAUAA